AUCCCUGUUGGGUGGAGGAGACUGGGUGAAUGUGGUCUGUCUCAUCCUCAGCUGGUGUGGCACUCAGCCAGAUCCUACUGCUAACAAUGGAGAGUUUGAGCCUUACUCCAAUUUAGCAGACCUCUGGUCACAUGCUAGCUAUGUUCCUAACUGCUCAGCAGGUGAUAGGGAAGCAGACAAUAAACCAGUGUUGAAAUACAAACUAAUGAAGAUAUGCUUUCUGAUAUUCAAGACACUUGUCACCGUGUAUGUAAACCACAUUCGCCCAAAGCCAUCAUAUAACCCACUGGGUUGUCUCUAGUUCUUUUAAAAAAAUGUGAAGAGAAGAAAAUAUGGUGAUUAAUUAUGACCUGGCUUAUUACUAGAAAUUAAAUCUGUCCUCCCCAAAAUGCGCCGUGUACAAAGAAGUGCUUGAAACUUUAGCCCUAAGCUCACAUCAUCCCCAAAUAAAAUAAGUUGUAGAAGUAAAUAGGGGAGCCAGCACUGUGACAUAGUGGGUAAAGCUGCCGCCUGCAGUGCCGGCAUCCCAUAUGGGCACCACUUCCAGUCCCGGCUGCUCUUCUGAUCCAGCUCUCUGCUAUGGCCUGGGAAAGCAGUAGAAGAUGGCCCAAGUCUUUGGACCCUUGAAUCCACAUGGGAGGCCAGGGAGAAGCUCCUGGCUCCUGGUUUGGAUCAGCUCAGCUCCAGCCAUUGUGACCAUCUGGGGAGUGAACCAGAGGAUGGAAGAUCUCUCUCCCUCUCUCCUCCUUUCUCUGUCUGCCUCUGCCUCUCUGUAACUCUGCCUUUCAAAUAAAUAAAUGAAUCUUUUUUAAAAAAUACAUAUAUGCUUAUACUUUGAAAAAAAUCAAAGAAUUUCAAGUAUCAGGUUAUGAAAAUGGUUUUAAUACCAAAGCACUGAAUUAAAUUUCAGUCUACACGUUAGUAUUCACUGGCUCUCCAAAGCAAACAUGGUAUCAUUUAAAAAUACUAAGUCAUGGCAAAGCGAGGAGUUAAAUGUAAGGUCAUGGCGAAACAUCUGAAGUUCACCGCCAGGACUGUGAUGGUGCAGGAUGGAAAUGUGGAAGGCGCAUACAGGACCCUAAACAGGAUCCUCACUAUGGACGGGCUCAUUGAGGGCAUUAAGCGAUGGCGAUACUAUGAGAAGCCUUGCCGCCGGCGACAGCGGGUAAGUUAUGGAACCUGCAGGCGCAUCUAUAACAUGGAAAUGACUCGAAAGAUCAACUUCUUGAUGCGGAAGAAUUGAGCGGAUCCUUGGCAGGGCUGCUGAGGCUUGUGGCCAGAAGGCUCAGGAUGAACCCUUCAUGCAAUUUGUGCCUCCACGUCUCACCUUUCUCAAACCCCAUUUUCUCUUACCUUUAUCUACAAUGAACUCAAUCACCCCCACACAAGAAGGCUUGCCUGUAUAGCAGCAAUCCCUGCAUCUGCAGUGGACCCUGUUUUUUAUCAAGUGAAAGCAGAAUGAGUGCAAGUAGCUUAGGGAUAGACUGGUGGUUGCCAGGCUAGUGGAGGGGCAAUGAGGACUUGCUGUUUAAUAGGCAUAAAAGUUUCACUUUGCAAAGAUGAAAAAGUUCUGAAGAUAGAUGGUGUGGUAAUCAUACAAAAAUGUGAAUUUAAUGCCAGUGACCUCUACACAUAAAUGGUUAAAGUGGUUAAAAAAAAAUACUAAGUCAUACCACCCAGAUGUCACACUCACAGUGCUAACUCAGCCAAAUCCUGCCCGCAUCUGUGACCUGAUGACAUUGCACUACCCACGUCCCUUACGCCCACUGACCAUGUGGCAAGUGCUGUGUGCAGGGCCAGAGGGCAGUGUCUCGUUUAUUCUCAUGUGAGGAAAGGGUUUUAGAAGUCUUUUUUUUUUUUUAAAGGAAAAUAAUGCAAUUCUGAGUGAGCUUUCCACAUUGUAAACUGUUUCUCUUUCCUGAUAAGAGAAAGGGAGGGAAUAAAAUGAAUAUGAGUUCAGGGACAUAAACCAGGAAACGUUCUGAUAGUAAAUCAGGUCGAAACAAAUCAUGAGCGACUCUGGAAUUUGACCUGAGUUGUUUAUUACAGUUGACUGUAAUAAACACAGAAGUGACUGCUAAUGAGUAUCUCAUGCACCUAACUUUGAUCCUUAAGAAGUCGUGGACUAGUUAGAUGAUGGUUCCUGCAGGCAAAGUGCUGUUAACCACUUCUCAUUUAAACAGCCUGAAAUGAACUGGACAAUUUAUUCACAGAGUGACCUCUGGCAUUGGAAAUAGCACCUCGCCUGCUGUAUCCAUUGUGUAGGAGUCUGAGAACAAAUUUAUUUUAAAAAAGAUUUAUUUAUUUUAAAGUCAGAAUUACACAGAGAAGGAGGGGCACAGAGAGAGAGAGAGAGGUGUCUUCCACCUGCUGGUUCACUCCCCAAAUGGCUGCAACUGCUGGAGCUGCGCCAAUCUGAAGCCAGGAACCAGGAGCUUCUUCUGGGUCUCCCACGCGGGUACAGGGGCCCAAGGACUAGGGCCAUCUCUACUGCUUUUCCAGGCCAUAGCAGAGAGCUGGAUUGGAAGAGGAGCAACCAGGACUCGAACUGGUGCCCAUAUGGGAUGCUGGCACUGCAGGCCACAACUGUUACUGGCUGCGCCACAGCGCCAGCCCCGAGAACAAAUUUAAGUAGAUAAAAUAAAACUGCCUCUUAUAGUAUCUGAACACAAAACACUGAUCUUCAACAAUCCUAAGAGGGGCCCAGCAUUAUGGCACAGCAGGUUAAGCCACCAUCUGGCUCUGGUUCGAGUUCUGACUGCUCUUCUGAUCCAGCUCCCUGCUAAGGCAGCUGGGAAAGCAGCAGAGGAUGGCCCAAGUACUUGGGCUCCUGCACCCACCUCUCAUGUAACUCUAGCUUUCAAAUAAAUAAAAUCUUUAAAAAAAAUCCUAUGAGGUAAUACUGUUGUUAUCCCAGUUCACACAUGGGGACUAUUUGGCUAAGAGAGUUAAGUGACGUGUUCAGGGCCACACAGAAGCUAAGAGGGAGACGUCCACAGGAUCUGCAGCGCGUGCCAUCUUAGCUAACCUUGGCGCGUCAGAGUGGAAACAGUCCUUACCUUUCUGAGCCUACAGCCCAGCAGGGAGGCCAGAAAUGUGUGUGAUACACUUGGGAUGCUAACUACUGAGGGAAACCAAAGAUCAGGAGACGUUAUUGUGUGGUAGAAUUGAACAAGGAGGACUUCCUGGAAGAAGUGCUUCUUGAAGUGAACUGGGUAUGUGAUCUGAGCAGAAAUGUGGGAGACACUCCUAAGAGAUCAGCCAAGCAGUGACCCAAUCAGAGUUGUUGCUAGCCAGAGUGCCACACAGAUGGAUGGAUGCAGGAGGCUGGACUAUGGAGAUCUGAUGACUUACCUAAAACAAAUAAGGAACUAUGAUGUGUUAACAGGACAUUAAAAAGCAACACUCAAGAAAUGACCCCAAAGUGGAGGGCCAGGAAGCAGAGACAAGUAGAGACCUGGGCGGCAGAGUACCCUGCAGCUGCAAGAACCUGGUUCCAGCGCAGCACUGAUAACAAAGAUCGAGUGCAUUCACAGGUGCCAUUUCUGUUUUUCCAGGAACUAUGCUCAAAAAAUGAAAACAGAUGAUUAUUAGCUUUCGUG